UAUAAUAAUAUCUUCUGUUUUCCUUUACCAGAAAGAAAUACCUUGUCUUUUUCGUAAAUAGAAUUAACUUUAUUCAACUGAUUUUUGUUUGGUUGUUCAUACUUCAUGAAAUAACAAUUUUCUCCUGGAUUCUACAAGCUUCGAUUACCCGCCACUAUUUCUGUUUACUUCUUCCGAGAAGAAAAAAGGAGGAAAGAUAGAAGAAAAAAAAAAAGUUUGUUUAGAAGAGGCAGUAAUGGCGGUUAAUAUGAUUCUCCUUCCCUCCAUUUUCAGUUUUUUCUUCUUCCUCUUCUUCUUCUUCUUCUUCUUGUCACUCACAUCUCAAGAUGAACAAAGUAACAACCACAAUCUCUUGAUCCUUGAAUUGGCGACUCCAAGCUCAAGAUCUCUCGUUUGGAAUCUGUUCUUGAAGAAAGAAUUCAAAACCUUAAUGCUAAAACCCUUUCUGUUAAGGAACACGGGAAAUCCCUCGAGGACAUGGCAAACAAGAGCACUUAUCUGCAGUCUGCUCUAUUUGAUCUUAAGGAUUAUUCGUUUCUUGCUGAUGAAAAAAGCUUAACGCUCUAGAAGAGGAGGUACACGGCCUUUGGGCUGUUUCGAGAAAGAACAAUUUCGAUCGUCAUGUUUUAGAGUUGAAAGCACAGGACGCCGAGGAUAGACUGGAAGCUGUUACUUCAUAAGUUGGAAAGAUGGCAGAAGUUGUUACAGAACAAUGGGUUCAAAUUCAACAUCUUGAGCAGGCACUUCAAAUUGCUAAAAUGAGGGCAUUGCAAGCUUAAAAGCAAAGGAAUAUGAGAUGCACAUUCUUGAAGUUCAUAGAUGGCAUUUCUGGAAGACAUCUCCCGAAGCCGUUGAAGGCCUUGGAUUCUUAUUCAUUGGGGAAAAGGACCUAUCAUAAGAUACUACGUGUCUUAAGCUCUGCAACAAUUGAAAAGAUUUUACUCAGCAAUUAGAAGGUUUCACCCUGAGUUGCAAGCUUUCAUCAAAUAGGAGAUGCAAAGAAAUGAACUUACUGCUGCUUUUGUCAAUGAUGAACUGGUAUUCUUUCUGGCUUCUGCUUUCAUUACCUUCCCUAUACUGGGUUCUUGGAUGCUGCUUUUAACAUAGUUCAGCUAGGUGAAGAAAUCUUCUUUUAGGGGGUAGUGUCUUACCCUGAAAUAGUAGGUGACAUCCAAGCUGUUGCACUUUGUUUUCUCUGAUCUCUUUUACAGAUUGGUUUUUGAUAUUAAAAGGUGAAAGAAGAGUUAGACGCAUUACAGCGUACAGCACCGGGUCAUUUUGUUGCCAAUGAGUCAAUUUUACAUGGAAGUAUUCCAGGGUCCAGAUCAAUACAGUAUGAUAUUCAUUGACCCAAAUGUUGAUUUUUGAGGCCAAAUGUUGAUUUUUGAGGCUUAUGAUAUUUGCAUCUAUUUGUAGCCUAAUCAAAAUUGGAGUCGAUCAUUGAAUUGAUUGUGUACAAAGAUACGCAGACAUUUACACACUGGGGGCGUUUCACGUCCAUGACAAUUUUAGUCAUUUUCUUUAAAAAAAAUGUGGGGAUUUGAAUUUUAAAUCUUUUUUUCUUAAAAAGUUGGUUUCGGUAACGCCGUUGAUGAAACUAAAGAAGAGCCGUGGCAUCCAUGAGUGAAGAUUAACUAUUAAACAAAAACAAAUGAGGAAAGUGGUGAGGAGGAAUCCCAGAUUUUUGUUAAAAGAAAAAGGAAAACGUGAAUUCAUUCAUGAUUCAUCAUCUCUCUGUAGUCGGUCAUCAUGAAAUCAACGUAAAGAAAGGCAAAUGGCAGGCGAUAUGGCAAUUCCUUGAUGAAGGUAUUUCUAGCCUUGCAAAAAAACAAAAACCCUUCCUUUGUUUCUUUUUCUAUUUUUUGUCUCCUUCCGAAGUCACAAGGCUAAUCCAUAAUUGAGACUGAAAAAAGCAAAAAUGGAAGAGUCGACAUGGGAGCAAAAGCUCCAGGCUCUAACCCACAUCCUAACAAGCCCCACAACCUCACCGCCUCUCCACUCUCAACUCUUCAUCUCCACACAAAUUCCAUGUUUCCUCAACUGGGAUUUCCCUCCAAUUCUCUGCAAUAAACCCAACUCCCAUACCUUCCCUUCCCUCCACCUGAAAUGGGGAAUCUCUCUUUUCCUCAAAAGGGUCUCAAGAUUGGGUGUCCCCGAAACUUCCUGGAGGUCCAAGUGCCCUUACUAUCAACCCCCACCACUGAUUCUAGCCAAGGGAGUGGAUGAAGCACAAUGGGUCGAUGCGCAAAAGCGAGAGUAUGUUAGGAAGAGGCUGAGAAGGAAACGCCUAGAAAGCCAUGUCCACCCUUUAAUUCCGAUUUUGAUUCCCGAUUUAUUAUUGUUCUCCCUGCUCUGGUUCAAUCCAUUUCGUCUUAAUGAUUCCUGACAAUUUUCCUUGUCUCAGAAUUGUGUAAUAAUAAGUACUUAACUCUUAUGUCUUAUCACUUCUCUUGUCAACGUUGGAUCAUUUUAUUUACUUUGGUCGAUUUCGGAUUUCUUUCUCGGUA